GCGGCGAAGGAUUAUCUAACUGUUUGUCAAAGAAACACUCCUUUAUGUUACUCCUCUCGCCUCUCUUGUGGAAAUAUUACAGACUCUGAGAUAGCCUCAUUUGCCAACGAUGUCGCCGAAUACUAUGAAAGCUGUGGUGUUUGAUGGGCCGCAUAAGGUUUCCUUGCAGGAUAGGCCAGUUCCCGAGGUCCAGGCGCCAACGGAUAUCGUGGUUACGGUUUCGUAUACUGCCCUUUGCGGGUCGGAGCUACAUGUGUUUCGUGGUCACCAACCCAGCCCUACAGGCUUUAUCAUGGGACAUGAGUUCACGGGUGUAGUCAAAGAGGUAGGCAGCGAAGUUAAAACAGUCAAGGUAGGCGACAAGGUCGUCGCACCCUUUACGAUAUCUUGCUCAGAAUGCUUCUACUGCAAAAACGGCUUCUCAUCCCGCUGCGAGGAAUCGCUCCUCUUCGGCUCCGCAGCCCUGGACGGCGCACAGGCAGAGUACGUCAGAGUUCCCUACGCAGACGGCACGGUCGUCAAAGCUCCCGCAGAGAUCGACGACAAGGUUCUCGUCAUGAUGGCUGACAUCUUCCCAACCGGCUUCUUCGGCGCCUCCAACGCUUUCAAGAACCUCACUCCCGAGCAGGUCGCUGAGUCGACAGCUGUGGUUAUCGGGUGCGGACCCGUGGGUCUCUGUGCUAUUAUCGCGGUGGCGAGCUUUGGACCGAAGCAUAUCUUUGCUGUGGAUGGUGUUGAGAGCCGUCUUGAGCUCGCGAGGGGGCUGGGUGCUGAGCCGUUGAAUUUUAUGACUGAUAAGGAGGGGAUGCAUGAGAAGAUCAAGGCUGCGACGGGCGGACGGGGCGCGGAUGUUGUGAUUGAGGUUGUUGGGCUGACGCCGGCGUUGAAGACGGGCUUUGAUCUCUUGAGGCCGUGGGGUACGAUUAGUAGCAUUGGGGUGCAUAAUGCUGAGGUAUUCCCGCCCGUCUCCUCAAAGUGAGAGGCCUGCUAAUGCGAUUCUUCCUAGAUUCCGUGGAAUGGCAACCAAGCUUAUGGAAAGAACUUGACUGUCCAGAUGGGGAGAUGCCCUGUCCGGUCUAUCUUCCCGGAAGCUCUUAAGCUGCUCCAAAAGAAGCAGCACCUUCUUGGGUGAGUCGAGAUACCCAUUCGAGCCCAGGCGAUACUGACUGACUGCAGGUUCAUGUUCGACAAAAUUAUGCCCUUAUCGGAUGCCGUAGAGGGGUAUGAAAUUUUCGACAAGAUGCAGGCGCAGAAGGUUGUAUUCAAGGUGGCAUCCGCCGAGUAAAGAUCGUGGAGAUUGGCCGUUUGGAACGGAUAUAGUUCGUCAAAUGUAAUCGUUGCACCUUUGCGAGUAGUUCAAUUUUGCCGUGGCUUGACGAUCCCAUCGUGCACAAUGUAGUAGACGACUGUGCUGUCAUCGUGCAGAGUGGCCAGCAGCAGUCUCUUCUGCCUAUUCUUGCCCCGCCAGCCUGCUCCAACCUCGUCCUCGUCCUGCUCCAGUGUGUCUGUGCUUCCGGGUGGCACAGUCUCUAUAGCGUCAAAAACCUCCGCAAACUUCUUUAAGCUCCACUUCUCGUUGAUGUGUGUUGGGAGGACCCAUUCCGGCUCCGGACUAGGAGGAAUCGACUGCCCGGUCUUGUGCUCAGCUUUCAGGAUCUCGGCUUGUUCAUCGGGGUGCACGUAGGCCCGAGCUGGAGGUAUCCCGUAUACGAGAGGCCUGGGAAGAGUGGAGCCUGUAAUGGUCGACGUUGUUUGGAUUGCGAGUUCAGUCCAUUCGUGUUGAUAUUGAAGGUUGUAGAGCACAGUCGCAGCUAGCUGGUGAAGGUGAGCGGGAAUGCCGCUGGUCUUGGACUGUUGGCUUGCGGCGGUGAGCAGAGCCUGUACAGCGGACUCAGCAGGAGGCCCAUUGUCGGAGGUCGCCAUGGUGUGGUUGAGGCCUUUGGAUUUGUUGGUGAUGACCUGAAUAGUUAGAU